GAUCCGAUUAGGGUUUGACAGUCAUGGCGAAUCGCACCGAUCCAUUGGCAAAGAGCAUUAGGGGAACGAACCCACAUAAUCUGGUGGAGCAAAUCCUGAGGUCUAAAAUAUACCAAAACAUCUACUGGAAAGAACAAUGUUUCGGAUUGACAGCAGAAACCCUAGUCGACAAAGCCAUGGAACUCGACCACCUCGGAGGUACAUUCGGCGACAAUAGAAAACCCACACCCUUUAUAUGCCUCAUCAUGAAGAUGCUCCAAAUCCAACCUGAAAAAGACAUAGUUGUGGAGUUGAUAAAAAACGAAGAUUACAAGUAUGUUCGUGCUCUUGGAGCUUUUUAUUUGCGGAUUACGGGUACAGAUAUCGAUAUUUAUCGAUACCUUGAGCCUCUCUACAAUGAUUAUCGGAAGCUCAGACGUAAAUUAGCUGAUGGGCAGUAUGCACUGACACGCGUGGAUGAGUAUAUUGACGAGCUUGUGAGGACAGAUUACUCUUGUGAUAUUGCUUUGCGUCGUAUCAAGAAAAGAUCGCAAUUGGAACAUAAUGGACAGCUGGAACCUCGGAUAAGUGCGUUGGAAGAUGACUUUGAAGAGGAAGAGGAAAAGGAUGAAAAUGAACCACUUGCCACUGCAUUAGAUGAUGAGUAUGAAAAGGAUUACUAUGACAUGGAUCGUGACUAUGAUAGAGAUCGAGAUUAUGAUAGAGACUAUGACAGAGAUCGUGAAUAUGACAGGGAACGUGGCAGAAGUGACAGGGAUAGAGAUAGAGACAGGGACUGGGACCGUCUUCGCCUCAGGGACAGGAAGGCCAGAGAACUUGACCGUGAGCGUGAUCCGCAUAGGAGUUAUUGUAGGAGCAGCAGUAGAAACAGAGACCGUAAAGAUUGUGGUGAUGAUCGUCGUAAAAGGCAUGCUCGCAGCAGUUCUAGUCCUGCUCGGGAUGAACCCAAGAAAAAGAAGGAGAAGAAAGAUGAUAGAACAGAUCAUCCAGAGAUAGCAGAAGCCAACAGGCUUUGGGCUUCGCUAGUUCCUCUAGUACUAUUAUUAGCUGAUGCUACAAAGUCCCAACAAAUAUUUGAGUUCGCAAUAAUCAUGUCUAGGGAUGAAUAUAAGUUGGUUCUUGAACUGCAGAUCUACAAUACUGAAUUUCUAUCUGCAAAAAUAAAUAGUGCUAAAGAUCAGUGUUCAAAAACCUUGGGCCUGUCAGUUUUAGCUGUUAUUCCAUGA